CGGGUCCUGCACUUGGCUCACAACCACCUCACGCCACGCUCCAGGCUUGGGGAAGAGUGGCUGGGAGCGGCCCGGCUGAAAAGGACCUGGGGGUGUUGGUCAGCUCUUGGCUAAAGAUGAGCCAGCAGUGAGCCCUGGUGGCCAAGAAAGCCAAGAGCAUCCUGGCCUGAUUCUAAGAUUCUAGGUUCCCUCUGCUUGGGACCUCAGGUGCCCAUGUCGUUGACAGGAGAGACUUAGCACAGAAAGGGCCUUCUGGGCAUGCUCCCAUCUUACUGACUGACAUCCCCACCCUCUCGUUGCCUCCAGAAGGCUUUGGACAGGAGGUGCAUCAGAUGUACUUUUCUACACAUGCUGAACUGACAGAAACGUGGCAACCGUGUCCGUCAUGACGCGUACACAGCGAAGCUAAAGAAAGUGUUUGGGGUGUCUGCGUGUCAUGGUUUAGGCCUAGGCGGCAAGUAAACACGCGGCCGCUGGCUCAGGCCUGCCCCCUGGUGCGAUGGGGAGGAGGAACUCUAACAAAAGGCUCCUGGGUUGAGGCAAGGACAGGGAGGACUCGUGCACCAAUUAUGGUCGUGGGCAAAACACAGACUCAGCUUAGGAAAAAGGCCAUCAAUUUAAUUUGAACACCACCACCACUACUAAUUUGCCAGUCACAUCAGAGUAGGAUAGUGAGAAAUACAACCACAUCGGAAAAACCCCUUUCACCCACCCCUGCCUUCCUCCCGGGUUUUGCUCCCGAUUUCUCUACCCCCUCCCCUGAGCUGCACAGGGGGUCGGGCAAUGGGGAUCGGGGUCAGUUUGUCACACACUGGUCCUGCCGCUUCUUCAGCCACAUAGGGAGGGCUCCUCACACGCUUCCCCUGCUCCAGUGUGAGGUUGCUCCCACGGGACACCGUCCUCCACAAACUUCUCCCAUGUGAGUCCUUCCCAAAGGGCUGCAGCUCUUCAUGAACUGCUCCGGCGUGGGUCCCUUCCACGGGCUGCAGUCCUUCAGGAAGAGACUGCUGCAGCACAGGCCAGCGGCAGGCCCAACGUGGAGCAGGGAGAGCUUCUAGAAGCUUCUCACAGGAACCAGCCCUGUAGCUCCCUCCCCACUACCAAAACCCCUCCACACACAAACCCAACACCCUGGGUCUCAAGGCAAGCCCACUUGCAGGACAGGCCACACUUCUGGGGGGCACGAUGUGCAGCCCAGGGCUCCAGCGCAGAGUACAGAGGACUCUCCCGAACAGGGGAAACCUCAUCAGAGCAGAGAGACACGGGCCCCGCCGUGGCCUCUCCAGGGCCCUCCCCUGCCCUUGCAGGGGCCAAGCAGUUGGUGGCUGCAGGCCGAGGAGCCACAGGAUCUCUGCCGCUUGCACCACGGACGUGAUUUGCCUUUUCCUUGGCUGUGAGGGUUUGCAGGGCUAAGUCCAAGAAGGAUUCCAAGAGGAGAAGAGGGAGGAGGAGUUUGGUCUCCCCGCAAUGCUCGUAGCUCUUCUUUUCAAGGCGACUCGGAGUCAGACCACCCGGCCCAGAAAACGUGGCACCUCCCUACGCCAUGGCUGCAGCAGUUGCCCUCGUCUUGGCUCUGCUGGUGCUCCAGCAUGGACUGAAGCUGGAUGACCAUACAGAUGUGGCCACGUCCCAGAGGAUGCAGCAGCGUGAGGAGUAUCUGCGUCAGGAGAUGACUCGGCUGCUGCAGGAGAUUGAGAGCAGACCUGCGUGGAAAGACAUCUUCUCUUCUGUGUGGCAGCGGUGCCUACCUUGGACUCCUGUGGGAGUCCUGGUCCUGCUCGCUGAGGUCUGGUGGUGCUGCAGGAAAGUGAAGCUUGUCUCUGAGAGCUGCAGUGGUGAGGACUGCUCCAGCAGCAAGGAGGAGGACGAAGACAAAGAGGAGGAGGAAGACCGCAGCGGUGCACGCAGUGUUGCCAGGCCUCGGGCUGUGUCCACCCCAUCGCCAAGGCAGGGCCUGCCCGACACGUGCCAGGUGCUGAAGGAGCUGGUGGGUGAGCUCCUUGAGGUGUGCCAAGUGCUUUGCAGGAGCACUUUCAUGCCGGAGAUGCAGCCAGCCGUUGGACUGGGCAGCGCCUACGAAACCUGGAGCAUCGGCGAGAACAGCAUCGCCUACUCCCUGCUCGUGUUGCUGUGGCCACCCCCCGGGCACUCUUUCAGCCUGGAGCUGGACACGGCGGGGCAGCUGCCAGCGACCCCUUCCAGAAUCCGUGUGGAGCAGCAGUGCCUGUGCUCGAGGGAGCAGCUGCUGGGCGACGCGCUGUGCUUUCUGCACCACCCCGAGGACGAGCUGCGGAGGGAUCAGAGCUCGGUCCUCCUACGCACCCUCUGCACACUCUCCUGCUUAGACAUGGAGAAAGUCACCUGCUGGGCCCAGGGCCUGGUGAGAUCGGCCUGGCUGCUUUUGCCUCAGUCGUGCCACUGCCAGCUAACGGUGCUGCCCCCCUCCUCCCAGUCCUGCAGGUUCCAGCUGACAAGCACCUCCAAGUGGAACAUCACCGUUGAGAUGAUGUUUGGAGCGCACCAAGGCAGCUCGGACACCUAGGCGAGCCUUCAGGAGGCAGAGGCCAGCUUGUCGGGCAGCCCAGCACGGCCGCAGAGCCGCGCUGCUCUCGAGAGGCAGCUUCUCAGGCUGGCGGCGAGGUGAGGCACCUCCACCUCCGAGGUCUGCAGCUCCGCACCCGUGUGCUGGUGGUCGCAGGGGGCCGCAGGAUCUUUCUGGACCUUCUGGACGAGGGCACGCCGCGCACCCUCAGUCAGGUUGCAGACCACAGCAAGUCGGGCGGGAGCGUUGGUCUGCGUGAGGGAAGGACGGCUCUGCUGAGUGACCUGGGCAGGCCGGACCGGUGGGCCGAGGCCAACUGUAUGCGGUUCAGCAAGGCCGAGUGCCGGGUCCUGCACUUGGCUCACAACCACCUCACGCCACGCUCCAGGCUUGGGGAAGAGUGGCUGGGAGCGGCCCGGCUGAAAAGGACCUGGGGGUGUGUGCUGGGUUGGUGUAGCGGGGUUUUUGGUAGCAGGGGAAGGAGCUACAGCGGUUGCCCCUGUGAGAAGCUUCUCGAAGGCUCCCCCCGCUCCAAGUAGGACCCGCCUCUGGCCAGGGCCGAGCCAGUUAGUGACGGUGGUCGUGCCUCUGCCAGGAGGUGUUUAAGAAGUGGAACCUCGGAGGGGGUUGUGGCUCGUGAGGAGUUACGAGGAUGAUGAACACCCAGGUCAGUGGAAGGAAGGAAGGAGAAGGAUCUGGGGGAAGUGUGCCGGAGCAGAGACCCCUAUAUCCCACGGUGAGAUGGCAGGGCCACCCCCCUGCCACCCAUGGAGGUCUGUGGUGGAUCCGUGGCUGACCUGGAGCCGGUGGAGGAGCCCACACCAGGACUGGCAUCGGCACUUAAAGGAAGCCAGGACUCUGAGGGCAGAAGCAGCCCCCGCCGCUGUAGUUCGGCGCUGGGAGGACUGCAACACGCGGGGGUGAGCCACGCCGGAGCAGCACGGGAACGGCUGCAUCCCCUGAGGAGGACUCACUGCGGAGAAGGUUCGUGGAGGACUGUCUCCAGCGAGAGGGGAGCCACGUGGAGCAGGGGAGGAAUGUGCGGCGAUCACCCCACCUCCCGAGAAGGCAGGAGCGGGCAGCUGACUGCAGUCCCCAUCCCCUGCUCUAAAGGGCUAAGGCAAAGGAUUUCUGUCUCGCCAUUGCCUGGCUCAUGUUUGCUCUCUCUAUGUGUCCUGGCUGGCCUUGGUAAAGCAGGGUGCUCGCCUCCUUGGAAGAUAAGCGACAUCUGGCUGGCCUUGGUGGGAGAUGUUCGCUUCCCAUCGUUGAGCAGUCACCACGACGACAGCACAAUCAGCAAAACUGCAACUGCCCAUUCCAUGCCCACACGCUUGAAGGUCACGGCAUUCAGAGGAGGGGUCUGGCUACUGACAGCCCCCUAGAAAAGUGUUCCGCUACCGAUAGAUACGUGAGUGCCCAAGCCUACCUGGCGGACACGCCAUCGUUGUGAAUAGCGAACUUAGGAAAGACUGCUGAAAAGCAACCGUAAACCUUGCCAUCAGAACUGUAUAAAACAGAUGCAAGACAGGCCAGAGCAGAGCUAACCCACCGAAGAGGAGAGGCCCAGCAGGACGCCGUUGGAUCCGUGGCAGUGACUAUCCCUUGCUUUUCUUAAGACAAUCUUUGCCUUUUUCCCCCUUUUUCCGAUCGUUUCCCUCUUUCUCCCCUGUCGUAAGUAAUAAACUGAAUUUGCCUUUGGUUAUCAGCA